AUGGCCGACAUUCUCAACCCCAUAAACAUCUUCACCACCCAUCUGCAAUCCCAGCGCUACAUAAAAACCACCCGCGACGAAUCCAACUCCGAAGAAAACACAACCACCACCACCAUCGAAACAACCUUUGACCUCACUCUAAAAAUCACAAAAGCCCCCAACGGGACUCCAUCAUCCAUCGAAGCCUUCCCAUCCACAGAGCAGCCACCAUCCAAUGAACCAAAACCGCGCCACUACCGGAUUGACCCCGACUACGAGGCGUGCUUCAUCACGCGGAGCACCAGCGAUCUGCAACCCGAUGAGGAGCGCGAUGUGACAGCGGAGGAUGUGCUAAAACCGCUCCCUGAGUCGGUUCAGGAGCAGUAUAAGGCGUGGGUGGAUGCGUAUAAUGGGAGUUACAAAGCAAGGGUUGAGGAUACGGGUGAUGAAGAGGCAAGUGUGUUUGGGACUGCAGAAGAAGAGGUGGCGUGGAGUGUUGCUGGGUACUUGCUGGCAUGGCGCCUUACCUUUGCGCCUGAUAUUGGGAGUGCUCAGUAUUAUGGGCUUGGUCGUUCGCGGUCUUUUGUGGUAGGUGAGAAUCAGUUGCCUUCCACUGUGGGGUUUCUGAAGGCCGGGGCGGGGGUUUUGGAAAGUGGGAAGCCAUCGAUGUAG